AGACGAACGAGAUGAUCAUCAGUACCGAGCUGGCGAACCGGAUGUCGCUGUUCUAUGCGCACGCGACCCCAAUGCUGAAGGUGCUGAGCGAAGCGACGUCCAAGUUCGUGCAGGACAAUUCCGACAACGUCGACAACACGACCGAAACGCUCGGCACGAUGGCGAAAGUUUGCCUCCGGAUGCUCGAGAAUCCCAAACUGUUGGCACAGAUCGAGCGGGAAGAAACGCACCUGCUGCUGCUGCGAGUAAUGGUCGGUCUGGUGAUACUGUACGAUCACGUCCACCCGGUCGGUGCGUUCGCGCGGGGCGCCCACGUCGACGUGAAGGGCUGCGUCCGGUUGCUGCAGGCACAGCCGGCCGUCACGGAACCGCUGCUGAACGCGCUCCGCUACACCACGAAACUGAACGAGGACAACACGCCGAAAAACAUUCGAAACCUGCUCGCAGCCUAAAUAAGGAAAGAAGAAAAAAAGAAGCACGCGCCCCGCGCAUCAAACGCACCCGAGACUGCAUCAGUGAUACCAAAAGCGCAAAGAAGGAGAGGAGGGAGAAAGGCGUGCGGUUGGCCGAUUGCACGAUUCCUCCUCCCCCUGUUACUAAUACUAUCGCUAAAGCUACUACUACUACUACUACUACUACUACUACUACUAUUAUCAUAACUGUACGGAUCUUUGUUUGGCACUUCAAACGAUUCAACGGAGAACCGUAAUGAAAGGCAGGCUCGUGAAAACAGGAAAAAACACGCGUGUGUAGUCGCAAGUGCUUUCCAAGUGGGGUAGUGAGGAAGCAUAUUCCUU